CCGAGACCGACUCAACUUGCAGAGACGCAACGGCAACCACAUGGCUAGACAAAAACCAAGCAUGUCUAGUAGCGACUUGGAACGCCCCAAGAAAUGCUUCAUGCUCGACCUUCCUGGAGAAAUCAGAAAUCGAAUCUACUAUUUCGCCGCGGAGAAACGGAUGGUAAUGUUCAAUCCGCGACGGACAACGGAGCCCGUCGACCAGUCGUCCAAAAUUGCUUCGUCUGUGUUCAGCUCUAGUGAAGACGAACCUUUAUUUACUCUCGGCGCAAAUGCCCUGGAAGAUUUUCCUUUUACAACCAAGGAGACAGACGAUGAAAGGCGGAACAAGCGAGCGACCAGGCAGUUCCGAAGCCUCACACAGGCGUGUCGCAUGAUCCGGAAUGAAUUCCUCCCGCUUUAUAGACGAAAGACAACGUACCGUAUCUGCCACGUGGAUCUGCAGGACUACCUAGACAUGGUUCUUCUCCCGGAGCGCCUGCAUAUCAGCCAGCAGCUUGUUCCGAUUCCCCCCGGUGACUGCAUCAGUACGAAGGAAUACUACGACGAACUCCGCCGUCAAGAACUUACGCAGCAUCGAAAUGUUGCCCGAACUCUGCUCAUCGACUGCAAGUCGUGGGAAGAAAGGGAUGGACUGCCGCAAAGUCCACAAUAUAUGAGGCGCGCUACCGCUGCAAACAUUCUCCCCUUCCUCAAGUUUUGCGCGAUCGCGCCUGGUAUUCAGGUACAGUGUGGCUUCAACGCGUGCAAAUGCUGUGAGCAUGACUGGUCUGGUAACAAGGAUAUUCUCAAUGCACUUUUCGACAUCAAUAGGCGCCCGCAGCUCAAAGCCUGGUUGGAGGAGUCGGUAGCUACAGUUCAAUUGAGGUGGCCACCCUGCCUCCAAUUUGAGAUGAAGAAGGGCUAUGGGAAGAAGUGGAUGGGUGAUUGGUGUCAGUAUAUUGGUACCGAGAUUCCAGGAAUGAGGGAGUGGGUGGAUGACGUUGGACUGAGGUUAGACAUGUUUUCACAUGGAUCCUUGGGAUUCUCCUGUGUAAAGUCUGAUUGGGGGUUGGAUUGGGGACUGGAGGAAGAGGACAACGAGCUUGUGGAGGAUAAGGAAUUCUGGGAACCGGUUGGCAAACAUAAUCGAGAGCGGGAAAAGAAAAAGCGCAAGAACAAGAAUUUUGGUAGAAGCAAACUGGAGAGAAUAGGGCGUGGGAACGGGCGAUGGAGAUGAGGUCUAGGAUCAACAAGCGGUCUGCAGAUGAUCAAUUUGAUUAAUGAACAGGAAAACAUGUAUUUUCACAGGAACUGAAGCGGUCGCGGUUUACCCCAGUGAUCGCAAGGAUUGAAUCUCCAAAUGCCCCGAUGCUUCCUAGAGAACCAAUAUGCAUUCAACCACGGGAGAAAGAACGGAAACGGCGGGAAGUUGGUACUCCCUGUGUAGGUCUUAUCGACACAACCAAAGACCAUGGGUAUCACCAAAUG